AUGGCUUCCUCCGACACCAAGCCCGCCGACAAGACGGCGCAGGACCCCAAGGUCGAAGAGACGCAGAAGCCCGCCACCGCCGCGGCGCUUGGCGAGGACGACGAGUUUGAGGACUUUCCCGUCGAUGACUGGAACGAGGAGGACACGGAGGCCGCGGGUGGCAACAACACGACGCAGCACCUGUGGGAGGAGAGCUGGGACGAUGACGACACGAACGAUGACUUUUCCGCGCAGCUCAAGGAGGAGUUGAAGAAGGUCGAGGCGUCGAAGCGACGGUGA